CCCCGGAAGGGAAAGCAGAGCAGCGUCCCCGGCUCCGGGCCGUGACUGGGCGAGGUGCCGCCGCUGCCGGCCCACGCCCCGUCCGGCUGCCCUGCGAGAUGGCGACGCGGCUGCUCCGCCUCGGCGGCUUGCUGCGGGCCGCCGGCCCCCGGCUCUUCUCUGCCCAGGCCAGCCCUGUGCAAACUGAACAGCAUGGCCCAAAGCGCCUGGAACCAUCCUCUGCUAAAACUCUGAUGGAUAUAGGCACUCGGAAGAUCUUCUCGUCGGACCAUGAUAUCUUCAGGGAAAGUGCUAGGAAGUUCUUUCAAGAAGAAGUGUUGCCUUUUCAUGCAGAGUGGGAGAAGGAUGGCCAGGUGAGCAGGGAGCUCUGGGAGAAGGCAGGACAGCAGGGCCUGCUGGGGGUCGCUAUAGCUGAAAAGCACGGCGGCAUCGGAGCAGACAUUCUCUCUUCGGCCGUGGUCUGGGAGGAGCAGAUGUAUGUUAACUGCACUGGCCCAGGAUUCAGCCUUCAUUCUGAUAUAGUCAUGCCCUACAUUGCAAACUAUGGCACUGAAGAACAGAUUAAACACUUCAUCCCUCAGAUGAUUGCAGGCAAGUGCAUUGGAGCCAUUGCCAUGACAGAACCCGGGGCUGGCAGUGACUUGCAGGGAGUACGAACGUAUGCAAAGAAAGAUGGGAGUGACUGGAUUCUUAAUGGGAGUAAGGUCUUCAUCACCAAUGGCUGGAUGAGUGACGUGGUGAUUGUGGUGGCGGUUACAAACCGGGAGGCUCGCUCUCCUGCUCAUGGCAUCAGCCUCUUCCUGGUGGAAAAUGGAACUAAAGGCUUCAUCAAAGGACGCAAGCUGCAAAAAAUAGGCCUGAAAGCUCAAGACACAGCAGAGCUGUUCUUCGAAGAUGUGCGGUUGCCAGCCAGCGCCUUGCUUGGGAAGGAGAACAAAGGCUUCUAUUACCUGAUGGCAGAGCUCCCUCAGGAGCGGCUGCUGAUCGCCGAUAUGGCUUUGGCCAGCUGCGAGUUCAUGUUUGAGGAAACAAGGAACUACGUGAAGCAAAGAAAAGCUUUUGGCAAGACGAUUGCACACUUGCAGACAGUACAGCACAAGCUGGCAGAGAUGAAAACACAGAUCUGUGUGGGCCGAGCUUUUAUGGACAACUGUUUGCAGCUGCAUGCAGAGAAAUGCCUGGACUCCGCCACAGCUUCUAUGGCAAAAUACUGGUGUUCUGAUCUCCAGAACAGCAUAGCUACUCAGUGUGUGCAACUGCACGGAGGAUGGGGGUACAUGUGGGAGUAUCCCAUUGCAAAAGCUUUUGUGGAUGCCCGUGUUCAGCCCAUCUACGGCGGUACCAAUGAAAUCAUGAAAGAACUUAUUGCUAGAGACAUUGUCAGUGACAAGUAGGGCAGAUGCUCGCUGCUUUGGAGAGUCUUCUAGAAUCCCUUUGUGUUGAUAGAUGGCAUAAAGUCAGACAUCAGAAUGUAAGUAAAAUGAACGUGGUGUAUCUUAUUCUUUCAAGGGGGUGUCACUAGUUAGGAAGUGUACCAAGACCGAUACCUAGGUUACCUAAUAUUUAACGCACUUUCAAUUGGAGUAUCUUUAGACAGGCUCCAAACCAGAGUGUUCUGGGCUCUGACAGUGUAGUGCAAGAUAGUUUUGUUGCUGGAACAUUAUGGGUAGCUCAGUCUCUUGGACUUGAUGCCAUUACACUGACUCCAGUCUGUCAGAGUACAUGUCAGAGAAGCCAUGUUCUUAAGUAAACAGAAAUGUUAAUGUAGCUCUGAAUUUGUAUUUCUCCUUGACAAUCACCACUGUGUUGGAGCAGAACUUGAAACUUUCUCUUGCUCUCCACCUGCUUACUGUGCAGCAGCCCCUCGCUUCAGGAGGGUGACCUCUGUGUUUACAUGUAACCCGGAAUGCCUUAUUUUAAUUACUUCCUUCAAAUAAACGUAAUAAAGCAUUUCUAUGCA